AUGUUCUCCAAGAUCUUCUCCUUCACCACUUUAGUGGCCGCGGUCUCCGCCUACACCGUCCUCACUCCAACUCUCAACUCCACCGUUGUAAAGGGUAAAUCCACCAGUGUGACCUGGUCUUCUGUCGAUACCGACGCUUCCACUUUCUCCAUCUACCUCGUCAAUUUCAAAGAUUGGCCUCCAACCGUCAUCUCCCUUGCUCAAAAUGUCCCUCAAUCAGAGAAGAGUGUCGAUGUCACUAUUCCUUGUGACGUGACUAGCGAUUACGGAUGGCAACUCAAUUUCAUCAAUGGCACCAAUACCUACGUCAUCUACGCUCAAUCCAACUCAUUCUCCCUCAGCGGAUCUUGCGUCAACCCAACAACAACUUCGUCAGUCUCAGUCGCCACAACCACAGCCUACGCUACUAAAAACUCAACCGUGACGGCUUACUCAACUGCAACCACAACCGCCAUCUCCAAAGUCAUCGAGACAGUCACCUUUACAAGCCCAAUCGUCUGGUUCGUCCAACCUACAUCCAUCGGCUCAAUGUGUGCUCCAGAAAAAACAGUCACGGUCUAUGCUAGCGGUCCAUCCCCAACAGGCACUGGUUCCGAAUCAUCAGGUCACGGUUCAGGCUCAGGCUCUGGUCCUUCAGGAACAUAUGGUAACUCUACCACGCCGGCUACAAAGCCAAGCUAUAGUGUAUCUCCAUCUGGUACGGGUGCAGGUGUAGGUGCAGGUUCAGGACCAAAGAGUACGUCGACUACUACACCUGUUUUCACGGGUGCUGCUACUUCCGUUCAAGCAGGUUCUUUGCUUGCGUUGGUUGCUGGUGCGGCGGUUUUCUUGUUGUAG